CAACCGCACCCAGCCACCACCCAAUCCAAAGCAAACAAUGCAAGCAGCUUCGGUGGUCAUGGCAGCUCAGACUGUGAUGCCUUCAUCCCCCACUUUCUUCUCCCAGCUUAAAAACCCUAACCCUCGCUCAAUUCCUCAUUCCUUCUUCCAUGGCGUCUCCCUCAAGCUCCCACUCAAAUCCCAAUCCAUGUCCUUCGCCGCCGCCGCCCCUAAGCCCCUCACCGUCGUCGCCGCCACCAAGAAAGCCGUCGCUGUCCUCAAGGGCACUUCCAGUGUUGAAGGAGUCGUUACCUUGAGCCAAGAAGACGAUGGUCCUACAACCGUGAAUGUUCGUAUUACUGGACUUACUCCCGGGCCUCAUGGGUUCCACUUGCAUGAGUAUGGUGAUACGACAAAUGGAUGCAUAUCCACAGGAGCACAUUUCAAUCCUAAACAGUUGACACAUGGUGCUCCUGAGGAUGAAAUCCGUCAUGCGGGUGACCUGGGAAACAUAGUUGCCAAUGCUGAUGGGGUGGCAGAGGCAACAAUCGUGGAUAAACAGAUACCAUUAACUGGUCCUAAUGCUAUAAUUGGAAGAGCACUUGUCGUUCAUGAGCUUGAGGAUGAUCUUGGAAAGGGUGGACACGAACUCAGUUUGAGCACUGGCAAUGCAGGUGGAAGAUUGGCAUGUGGUGUGGUAGGUUUGACACCGGUGUAAUCGGAACUUCCUUUCCAAUCAGUCAGCUAUGUAGAAUUGGCUGCUGUCGUUCUAGAGUUUGUCAAAUAGAACUUAAACUAUUUAGGGUGUAAUGUUAAAUUAUGGACAAAUUCAUCGUAACAUUUGUGGAGUAUUUUGAUCUUAAUAAACUUUGAGUUGCUAUGUUUGCAACAUAAAUGGAGAACACGCGAUUGACUUUUGGAAGCA